CUGCCUUUCUCCCCUAUUCCAAGAAAACCCGGCGUCGCCGACCGCUGUUAUUAGUUGCGAGCAGUUCCCGUGGCGGACUUGAUUUUCCCAGCCGAGGCCGCCGAUUGCGAGGAGGUGGAGAAGCGAGAAGAGGUGAAGAAGCAGACACAUAACUCCGACCAUCUCCCUUUCAGCCAUGUCGUCGCCAGAUCUGAAUGCUGACGAUCUCUCCUUCAAUUGCCACCAUCAAGUAAAAAGUGCUUCGAAUUCAGCUAAAGAGCAGACUUCGGAUGUCGGGACGGCAAUAAAGCCUCUUCUGGUUGAGACCGGCGUCAUCUGCUUCUUGCCGCCGGCGUCUGGUUCGUUGCAUCGUCGUCAUCUGUCUCAACUCCACAUCUGAAUCCGUAGCGGCGGCCACGAUUUCGACAGCCACUCGUACAUCUUCGCCUCUCCUGCGUCUUAGCCUUCCCAUUCAUCCUCCUCGAUCUGUUCAGCCUCCGGUUGGUUAGCGUCGAUGUUGAACCCGAAACUGCUUGGGUCGAAUCUGUCGCAACGCUCGGCGAGGGAUCUGUUUUGGCCUUUGGGGUUAAUGGCGUCGGGUUUCCGAGGGGAGGGUUCGAUUUUGGUUUUUCCAAUUUUUCCAAUUUAAUUUUUCCAUUUUUAUAAUAUAUUAAAUAAUUUUGA